AUGGGCACGCUGACUGCAGACUGCCCCCGACUCGACACACAUUGCCCGCACAAGCUUGCCACGAGCUGCCGCCUGACCUCAACGCCGAAUUGCUGUGCUUGCGCCGACGAGAGAGCCCAUUCGCGAACAUAUCGCGUGUACAUUGACGGAGUUGGUUUUGUGAAUCGCGGGACAAGAUGGCAAGGCUACUGCUGGUUCUGUAAAGAGUUCUGGAGUAAUCGCCUUGCUGCCACCGACCCGCCGCUUGAGAUCUCGCAAACGCGCAUACCCGAGAUACCAGAUCAGACUGAGUUUCUAGAGCGAUGGUGGGAGUUCCACCAGGGAUACCGCAUUGCGAAGCUUCCUGAUGGCACAGAGCAACGCAUCGCUGUGAUAGGGGAACCGUUCAAGGAAGUCAGCCCUGGCUUCUUGCCACGGACGCUGGACCAGCUGCGGUCUGGUGUGGAAAAUGAUGCUUCAAGACCGGAGAAUAGGUUUGGAAGGAGAAGGUUGACAUCAGAGGAAGAGCGGCCAGAGCAGCCACACCAGAGCAUUGAGGAUGCGUUGGAUGAUCUUCUUCAAGAGGCGGAAGAGAUUGCGAACACAGAGCCAGUGGUACCUACAGAGCCGGCAUCGCUGGCUACCCCUCAGAUGCAGCAGGAUCCUUCAGAGCCGCCUCGGCCCAUGACAAGACGAGAGGCACAGCUGCAGCGUGCACGAGAGCGCUUUGUUCGCGUUUUCGGCUCGCGCGAGGAAUUGGAGCAGGACGAUUACGAGUCGCCACUUACGCAAAUGUACACGCGAGCAUACGACCGCCACCGCCAAGCCGAGCAGCGAAGAGCAGAAGGAACAGACAUCGCGCCUCGGCUCGAUGCCUUAUCAGCGCAAGAUCGCCGAGAGAUCGAGGAGCAACUGCUCUGGGGC